AUGGUCAGUACUUUACCUGUUAUGUCCACUCCGAAGCCCCGAUCUACAGGCUUGUCCCCUUUACGCGGUUCCGCCUGGGGGCAUCGCAGCAGCCCCUCGCUCUUCUUCAACUUUACUAACAUAAUUCCUCUACUACAGUUGGACAAAAUCGUCGGUCUCGCCAUGCUCGUGGCCGCUUCCGUCGUCUUCACCUACUACACCAUCUGGACCCUUCUCAUGCCCUUUGUCGACGACGAUCACCCUCUCCAAAACUUCUUUCCUCCUCGCGUUUGGGCCAUUCGCAUCCCCGUCAUUAUCAUCCUCCUCGGUUCCGCUGUUGUUGGCUCCUUCCUAGGCAUGGUUAUGAUUCGGAGCAACCAGAAGAAGGCUGCAAAGGCCAAGGCUGCCGCUAAGAAGGCCAACUAG